UGAUACCCCUUUCAAGACGCAAUAAAUAAAUCAAUUGAUAGUAGACUUGUCAGUAUCUAACGCUAUGUACUGUUUACAAUUUUCCACUUUACUCUUCCUAUUUUUAUCAACAACAAAAGCACAAUCACGAGAUGACUCACUAGAUCUAGAUGAAAAUAUAUUGAGCGACGUGCAUCGUAUUCUUCAAAAGAGAAGUAUUCUAGACAAUGUUGCUCUGGAUGAUCCGAGAGCCGAAUGUCGUAAUGGAGGAAUCUAUGCUGGAGGGAUUUGUCAUUGUAUCAAGGGACAGACUGGAGAUAAAUGUGAACAUUUUGAAUGUGUUCACGGACUCUCGGUCGGAUUCCGCUUCGACCCGGAAAGCCUUCUAUUCAGUGAGCCGUGCAUUUGCGAAGUCGGAUGGAAAGGUGAAAUGUGUGACUAUCGGCCAGCGGAAAAGUGCGGAAACAAAGGAGAAUGGAAGGGGGACCGAUGUGAAUGUGUGGGCUCAUAUUUUGGAAGUGAAUGCCAAUAUACAAGUAAAUGUGUCGAGGGGUUUUUGAGAAAUGGAAGAUGCAUCUGUGAUGUGGGAUUUGAAGGCGAUUAUUGUGAUGAAAUUGUCUGUGUUUACGGAUCCCCAGAUUUCAAAAACCGCACUCUUUCGUGUGACUGCCCAGACAAAUACACUGGACGCCGUUGUGAACAAUGCAAAAAACACGGUCCACUCAUCGAACCAUUUCCUCAUUGCGAGCUCGACCCCAGCAAGAAGAAGCACAUCGAAAAAGCAGCUGAGCAUAGACAAAAAGUAAAGAAAGGAAUUAGAAAUCGACUUCGAAUUAUUGCAAUUUGUGUGGCGGCUCUAUCAGUUGUUGCAUUUGUUGCUUUUAUGGGAAGAUGCAUGCACAAAAAUGCAACUACCGCAAAACAACUACGAAACAUGAAGGAUACUGCAGAACGGCAUCGACUUCUAACAAAUCAUGUGCGGCUUCAAAAAUUUGAGGAAACUGUUGCUCAAGAGUGCUCAGAAAAUACAGAGGCCGCUAGAAUUGAGGAACGUCACCGUCGAAAAAGUGAGCCAGCGGUGCUCAAAUUGGGUAUUCGGAAGGAGAAGAUCAAGUUAGAAACCAAGGGGCCAGUUCCACGAAAGGACACAAAAUAAUGAAACUAACCUGACUAGUGAAGUGAUUUGCAUUUGGAUUACAUCCAGAAUACAUGAAGGUUACACAUUGAGACUUUUCAGAGUCGAAUCUGAAAGAUUUUAAGAUUUUGCUUUUAGUAUAAUUAUAAAGUUUUUCGGAUUUUCGAAUU